CUUUAGGAUGUAACAUCAAAUAAUUCCAAUUAGACUUGAUGUGGGAGUUCCAUUUAUGGCAAGGAGAAAGGUCUUUGUCGUGCGAAUAUUUCUCAGUUUGUAGCUAGAAUGAAGCACAGAAAGGUCGAAGCUUUAGGCAUUUUCUUGCUUUUAAAUUUUCUCAGCUUGUCGAGUGCUGCACUUCUAACAAUAAAAGAUGGUCAAUUGGAAGGAACAGUUAUGACGACACGGAAAAAUGUGAGCUAUCAUGCAUUCUUAAAGAUCCCGUUUGCUGAACCUCCAAUUGGCUUUCUACGAUUUCAAGCUCCGGUUCCAAAUAAAAAUUGGACAGGUACAUUAGAUGCCACACAAUAUGGACCGAUGUGUAUGCAAAAUAAAAAGCAUUUUAAUAUUUCUGAAAAUUGCUUACAUCUAAAUGUCUUUACUAAAAAUCUCGGAUCAACUAGCCUCAAGCCUGUUAUCGUUUUUGUGCAUGGCGGUUCUUUUGAGGAAGGCUCGGCAUAUAAUCAUCGACCACUUUAUUUAAUGGAUCGAGAUAUUGUUUUAGUGACGAUUAAUUAUCGCUUUGGGCCUUUUGGAUUCUUAUCAACGGGAACAAAAGAAGCGAUUGGCAAUAUGGGAUUAAAGGAUCAAAGUCUUGCUUUAAAAUGGAUUCAAAAUAAUAUUGAUGUGUUUGGUGGAGAUCCUAGUCGAGUCACAAUAGCUGGAUUAUCAGCAGGUGCAUAUUCCGUAACAGCACAUAUGGCAUCUGAAAUGUCAAGAGAUUUAUUUCGAAGAGUUAUUGCUGUGAGUGGAUCUAUCACAACAUUCACAAAGUGGGAUGAUAAUGAUUUAGACUCGGCUAUUUAUCUUGCUGAACAAUUGAAUUGCACAACUAGUAACAUUACUCAAAUGGUUAGGUGUUUACAGGAUAAACCAGCAGAAAGCAUUUUAGUAAUCGAUGUUGGAGCAACUAAGAAUUGCAGGUAUCAAAUGUCAUGGAGACCAGUGAUUGAAAAAGAUUUUGGACAAGAAAGAUUUUUAUCAAAAAGUCCUGAUGAAGUUUUUUCCGAUCCUAAAAUAUCCCCUAAAGCUGUUAUGAUUGGAAUAACUGAAGAUGAGAUGUCAUAUAUGGUUCCGACAUUCUUGAGAGAUGAAAAAGCUUUGAAGAAGUUGAAUGAGCAUACAAACUCAUACCUAGCUGACUGUUUCUUCUUAGGAAAAUAUUCAAAUAACUCGAAAACAAUAAGGAACGUCUAUUUACCAUUCAAUGACAUUGAUCAUCGAUCAUUCAGUGGCAUGGCCAAUUUAUUCAGUGACGGUUCGAUUAAUUAUGGAGUACAUAGGCUUGUCCGAAUGAUUUCAAAAUGUAUGGAUGUGUAUUAUUACAAAUUUUCAUACGUUGGAAGUCACAGCGUUUUCAAUUAUCCAAGAAACUUUCCGUACGGUGUUUCACAUGCUGAUGACUUACAAUAUGUCCUCAAUACUUGGUAUAUUGCACCAGAUGCGAGUCUUACUGAUCCUGAAAACUUCAUGAUUGAAAGAAUGACGAGAAUUUGGGAACAAUUUGCAAUGAAAGGAAAUCCAAAUAACUCAUCAGAUCCAUAUUUGAGGAACAUGAUAUGGCCAAAAUAUGACGAAGAUGAUUACUACCUUGAUAUUGGAACUCACAUGGUUGAAAAGCAAGGUUUAUUCCCGGAAAGAUUCAAAGCUUUUGAUGAUCUAAUCAGUUCAUCAAUGAAAGUAAAAGUAGCUAGUUUCUUAUUGUUGUUUACUCUAGUUUUUAUUACGAAACUCUUUUGAGAGUCCCUUUUGUACUUAAUAGGUGAUCCAAAAAUAAAAUCAAAAGACUGUUGCAUAAUAAAGACUCUAUUUUUUCUAAAUUAAAAA